GCUAUCCACCACGCGGAGCAAUUCUUGCACACCAAACCGCGCUAUACCCGACAAUCUUGCGCAAUUCAUCUACUUUAUUAUCAAUUCUAGCCUGCGAUAUUAAUCAACAUGGCAGACGCGGAGGAAAAGGCGCGCCAGGAGAAGAUUGCCGCCGCAAAGAAGCGCGUUGAGCAACGCAAGAAGAAGAAGGAGAAGAAGACUACAGAGACCGCCAAAGAUCAAGCAAAGCCCGAAGAUUCUGAUGCACCCGCCACCGAAGCUGUCGAAGACACCACUGAACCAACCAAGGAAGAGGAGAACACGACCGCUAUCGAGGAAGAUGAUGCAGCCAAGGACGGUGAUACUGGCUCUCCUGAAUCCUCCACUCUCGCUGAGCAAUCAAAAGCUCGUUCAACGUCAUUCCGUGCCGCAUCGAUAUCCGGCAAGCCAACUUCGCCGGGGCCACUGAACGCUGACGGUGACACGGCACCCGAGAUCUACCGUAAACAUGUCGCACGAAUUGAAGAGCUUGAGAAGGAGAACAAACGACUUGCCAAAGAAUCAAGCGAUGCCGAGAAGCGAUGGACAAAGGCCGAGAACGAGCUUGCCGAUUUGCGCGAAACCGAAAGCGACGCAAAGAAGUCUGCUACAAGUGGCGAGGUCGACCAGCUGAAGGAACAGAUUGCCUCGUUAGAACGUCAAAACACACAGCUACAGCAACAGGCGUCCCGUGGUAGCUCCGGCAGCCACCGCCCCUCGCUCUCUGUGGCCUCACCACCGUCCGACCUCCAAGCCGAGCUAGAUGCGAAAUCUGCUACGAUCGAAUCGAUGGAAACAGAGCUCUCCAGACUACGUGCUCGAGUUGAGCGACAGGAGAGCGGCGCAGACUCUGAGAAAGAGCAAAUCUCGGCCCUAGAAGAAAAGCUGGCACGUGCCGAGUCUGCUGCCGGGCAGGCUCAACGGGAAGUCAUCGAUAUGAAGAAGAAUCUGGAAAGAACAUCAGAAAAGGCUGUACGAGAGGGCAGCGAAAGAACAAGUGCCGAAACCAAGGUGCGCAGUUUGGAAACGGAGCUUGCCAGCACUCAGAAGGCAAAAGACGAAGCAGAGGCUCGUGCUGAUGCGUUGGAAAAGAAGAUUGCAACGCUCACCAUACUACACAAAGAGCAAGACUCGCGCAUCCAAUCGGUAAAGCGCGACAAGGAAACUGUUGAAAAGGAUAUGGUUGAUCUUCAAGCCAAAGUAGAAAGGCUCGAGGCCGAAAACACGAAGCUGAAGAGUCGCCGCUCAGUAGAUGGCUCAGGUGGCCUUGAUGAUGAUGGUAUGGAUGAAUUAGAAAAUGAAGAGCGGGAGAAGCUCCAAAAGAAGAUCCGUGGCCUGGAACAGGAAGUCCACGACCUUCGCAGCGGCGCAUGGAUUCAGCGACGACGCGAAAUGGAGGGCGCUGGGUUCCAGGAAAUUGAUCUCUCUGGAGACGGUAUUUCACCACCACCGCAGAAGAAGAACUCGACGGGAGGCUUUGGCGACUUUAUCACAACCGGUCUCAACGCCUUGGCUGGCGGUGACGAUGAUGGAUUCUUGUCCGAUGACGACAUGGAAUUUGAUGAAGAGGCAUUCCGCAAAGCCCAAGAGGAGGAGGCCAUGAAGCGUAUAGAGAGAGUGCGCGAACUGAAGCGCGGCUUGAAGCACUGGCAAGGCUGGAGGCUAGAUCUUGUAGACUUUCGUCGGGGCGGCGGCGAAGGCAUUGGUGAUAUUUUUGAGGUUUAAUUGUAUACGAGUGUAUCUAUAGCCGGUUUAAUUCUACACUUUGGCC